AUGCCACAGGUCAAAGCCGUUUUCAUUGCACCUCCUUGCGGAACUGCUAGUAAAGCCAGAACAAUUCAUUUGGAUGAUGUUGAAAAUUUGCCACAGCCCUUGCGUACAGUGGAACAGCCUGACGGCGUUGACAACUUGGAAGGUUUAGAUUUCGUGCGUGUCAGCCAAUCCAAUGUUUUGUAUGAUUUUGUUGCUGCUUGCUAUGAAGAGUGUUGCGCUUUGGACAAGCUUUUUCUUUGUGAAAAUCCAAGAGACUCUCUAUUUUGGCUGGUCUCACCCUGGGUGGAACGACAGUAUCAACAUAUGGCGAUAGAGCAAGUGCAUCAAGCAUGUGCAUACGGCUCCAUGCGUCCUAAGUGGACCAAGCUUUCAGGCAACUUUUCUGAAAUAGCUGAAAUCAACCAAACAUGUCCAGGUAAUCACAAACAUGAACCAUGGGGCAUGCAGCAUGUGAAUGGAAGGAGAGUCUUUGCAACAGCUCUGGAAGUGCACUACCCCAUGCAGUUGUGUGAUACAAUCGCCAACACCAUUGCUUUGGCGCUUAGCAAAAAGAAUAUUGUGCCUCAGCCCGACCUUUCCAUGAAUCAAGCAGCGCGGGCUUUCUCUGAUGUGCAACAAGGCACAACCAAGAUACCCACAUUCCUUCCAGAAUUUCGCACAAAGAUUGCUGGUGUUUGGUUGCAACAUAGGCAAAUUUGGCCUCAGAAACCUUUGGAUGUUAAUGCAUGCAAAUUGUUGUAUGAAAUUUCAGUUGGGGCGGACGAUAUACAACAACUUGGCACGAAACUGACGGAGCAAUGCAAUUUGAAAUGUUUGGAUGUUUGUUUUGACAAUCUGGACCUGGCCAAGAUUGCAGCUUUCCCUUGUACGGUGCAAUUGAAAUUUUUUGGAGUUUAUUUUUCGGAAGAAGAGUUUCUGAAUGAAGCUAUGAAAGCCCAGCAUCCACUAGCAGCCGAACUGGCGCUUCCACAUGAGCUCAGGGAAGCCAUUCUUUUCAAUUUCAAUGCAGCUGAUCAUGAAGUAGUGAAGCACCGGGCUUCCUUUCUUGCAAAGUGGGUGAGUCGGGCGAAACAGCUCAGUGCCGAUGAGUGCAGUCUUAAGGAUAGUAUGGACCCCAAAGUUGCUUCAGCUGUGCGCAACAAGCGAAUUUUAGUGUUCAAAGAGAUGCUGAUUGAUACUGGUUUUCCUGACUUGGGUGUUGUGGACGAGCUAAUCACUGGUGCCAGUCUCACUGGGGAGGUUCCGGCUACAGGUAUGCUCCCUGGAAAGUUUACUCCGGCAGUUGCGACAGAUGCAGAAAUACGUGAAGCAGCAUCGCGCAUUAGACCCAAGCUGGACUCUGACAAUUUGGGAUCAGGUGACCCCAUUAUAGAUGCAGAAGUUUGGAGAAAAACGCUUGAGGAAGUGGAAAGGGGUUGGUUACAGGGUCCGCUGCCCCGCAGCAGUGUGCCCGGUGACCAACCCAUUUCCAGGCGUUUUGGCUUGUUGCAAAAGAAGGGAAAGGUGCGUCUCAUUGACGAUUUUUCGGAGUCAGGUGUGAACAGCACCGUAACUUCUGCAGUGCUGGAUGAAGGUGUUCUCAAAUCCAAAGUGGCGCAAAGGAAGUUGAAACUGCAGUCCAAAGACAAGUUCUUUAUCAAUCUGUUCAAAGAGCUACUGCAGAACAACAUCCCUAGAGAAGUUUGUGCUCUGGGCAAUUGCAACGUGAUUGUUUUCACAGAUGCAUGUUACGAGCGUGAUAGCUUGGUUUGGCCUUGCGGUCUUGGCGGAGUUUUGUGUGAAGGUGACGAUAAGCUUUACUUUUCUUUGGAAGUGCCUGAACACGUACGGCAUGCUUUGGGCGAACUUGUCAAAAAGCAAAUCAUCUUUGAGGCUGAGACCUUGUCAGCCGUAGUAGCCUUCAUACUUUGGAAGCGAAGAUUUGUGAACAAGCGAUGCAUUUUAUUUGUGGACAAUGAGGGUUCCAAGUUUUCUCUCCUCAGAGGGUCUUCUGACAACGCAGUUGUGGAUAAGUUAGCUGGUUUCUUUGCAGAACAUGAAGCUUCAGUUCAUGCAGUCACAUGGCUUGCGAGAGAGGACUUGGAAGAGAAAGUGGUGCAGAUCUUGACACAAGUGGCGAGUGGGACUGGUUCCCGGGAAGAGAAGAAGUCCGUGUUGGCGAAACUGAGAGAUGGCUCGGUGCAGCAGAUCUGCAAGUGCGGUGAGCGCUUGAUCGGGCUGCGGCGCUACGACUUAGCCUACCAGGAGGUGGGCUCCGAUGAACUCGUGUUCUACCGCUACUGUGACCGGGCCACGCAGUUGCGCUUAGAAGUUGAGAGGCUGGGCUGGGAGCAUUCCUGGGUCCGAUUGGGUCGAAUGAAGGACUUGGGUGACACACCCUCGCUAAAGGUGUCGGUUCUGCUGCGGUAUCUCCUGGGUGCAUCCUAUGCCUUGUACCUGCAGACCAUCCACCGCGACGAUGCCGUCAGACACAGUCUGGACGCCAAGCAGUUCUUUUGGGCCUGGAAGGUUAGAGCUUUGCAGCCUGAAAUGGUGUUGGAACUUAGCUGUUGGUUGGGAGAACUCCAGAUUUCCAUCAAGGGCCCUGCUGACCCUGCUACCCGUCUGCUGCGCCAGCUCACCCGACCUGGGUCCAUUGCUGCUGCUUCUCCUAGGAGCACUUUGGGUUCUUUUGAGGUGGUCUCCAACGUGGAUUCACAACCUGAGGAGAUCCCCCGUGAGUUCAGGGAUUCUAUUGCUUCCAGUUUCAGCCCUUGCCCAGCGGAGCAGUUGCACUUGGCGGCGAGACUCACCGGUUCAACGUUGUCAGGUGAAGACAGAGUGCGGCGGGCUUGGAAAGCCGGUCAGUGGGCAAAGGCGGUGUUGGGUGGUCGCAUUUGCACUCCUAACAGGUCUGUGCAGCUGGACAUUAGGCCUCGCUUCUACGCAAUUUUGCGAGCAGAAGGAUUGUCCAAGCCUUUGCUUUGCCACUCCGCUGCCUCUUAUUGGAGAGUCAUCGGGGACAUUGCUACGUCCAAUUCCAUCUCUCACGCCUUUCCCAGUGAGAGUGAAGCCAAGAUUUAUUUUGCGGGAGCGGGAGUUACUGACUACGAGGCGGUUGUUCCCUAUGUCCUCACUUGGCCCCCUCCGGAAGAAGGAGAAGAGCCUACAGAAUGUUCCGUUUUGGUGCUUAUGAAACGGGAGGGUGGACUCCUGUUAGCACUUCCCAGCAUGUUUCUUGCAGAGGACGUGAUAGAUGCUGGCAACACAGGAGACGGGCACGCAAUUUUCGGGCCGUCCCUGAGAACAGUUGUUCCUUUGGUUUUGGAAGAUGGAGGAGUUGUUUCACCUACAGGCAUGGAAGCCGAAGUUUUGGUGGUGGACUGCACGGAUCAGGUCCUGUUUCACAUGCGAGCCUUCGACCAAAGCGAAGAGGCCGUCUUCAGUUUUGACGAGGAUUCGCCUUUUGCGUUUCCAGCAUUGGAGAGCCUUCUGGCAGGCGUCCGAGCUUGGGCACGGGAGUCUUCCGAGCAGCGCGCUGCCUUCUACACGCCAGACGAAGAGGAGGAGCUUCCUCCCCUGACUCCAGACAGGCCUACACGAAGGCGAAGCGCCACUCCAAAAGCGGCUACGCCUAUCGCAGGUGGUGCAAAGCCCAAAAGGAUCACCACUGCUGCCUUGGCCUCGGAUCUGCAUUCACUCAUGGGGAGCCUGCCAACAAUGACCCAGCAAUUGACCCGCCUUGUGGAGCGGCAGGAUGCUUUGGAGGCUCAGCUCCCCAAGAUGCAGUCAGCUUCAGCUUUGGCGAUUGGCCAUCCACUGGGGAUGGCGCUCAGCAAUCCAACUGGAGGCCCCUCUAUGGCGGCAAAGGCUGUUCAACCUCCGCCGAGAACGGCUACCAGACCGAACCUUGGUUUGUUGGCUUCUCCACAGAUUUCCAAGCCCUUAGAGUUGCAGGCGUUAGAGGAGGAGAAGCCUUUGCAGGAGGUGGAGUCUGGCCUGACUUCAGACAAUGCGUUGGCCCGAGCGGUUUAUGCUCAAAGCCAGGCUUUGACCACUCUGGUCGCCCAAAUUGCCCAGGCUCAGCAGGACCCUAUGACCGAUUUGACCAUGGGGGCAGGAGGUGCUUCGACCAGAGGAGCUGCUGGAAGAGCGAGACUGCAAGCGGAGCUGGCCUCACAUCGAGGCACUUUCUUCAGAGCAGUCACUCAAGCCAUGUCCAGACGCAUGGCCCCAACCAGUUCAGCAGAUGUGACGCCGCAGGAGCUGGUGGACAAGGGCAUCUGUGGAGUCAGAUACCUCGAGAGAUUCGGGGGCUAUGGGCGGCACCGCGAAUUGGGUCAGCUCCAGUAUCAGGUGAUGACAGCUUUCGAUUUCAUGAUGUGUGGGAACAUGGAAGCUGCGAAGGACACAGUGGCCUUGUUGGCUGUGACGAUAGAGCAGGCAUCAUUGGACAAUGGUCGUAUGGAGCUGGCCACACUGCUUUGCCUUCAGGAGGACCCACCCAGCUCAAUUUUUGUGAACAGAAGCCUGACGGCCACUUCACGGGCCCGCAGCUUCGCUCCAUUAGCGGAUCAAAAGUGGGUCACUGUGGCACUAGCCUUUUUGAAAGAGAUGGAAGUCAUUACGGCCAAACGAGCCGAACUGACGGGCGCCUCAACCAAAUGGGCUUCAGAGACUUCGUCAGACGUCGUGGGGGCCACAGCAAAGGCAAAGGCAAAACCCAAUGCAAAGAAGAAAGGCAGAGGAAAGGGCCAGGCACAACAAGCGGGCCUAGAAGAGACAGAGCCGUACGAGGUUUGCCUGGCAUUUGCACAGGUCUUUCACUGCGACUUGGCGGACAUCCAGUUCGUCUACCACAACUUUUCCAUUGCCAGUGCCGCAUCCAGGCUACGGUCACUUUUGGUUGUGAGCGGGAGCGACUCCUCAGAGUUUCCCCUGGUUCCGGGUCGUUCCGGCCCAGACCUUGCUGCUGCUAUUUGGCAGCUUGAGCAUUUUGUUUCCAACAAUCAAGAGCUGCGCCAAAGCUAUGCACAGACGAAACCAGUACAGUUUGAAGAGGACCCUGAGCUCUGCCCGGUCAGUGAACACCCUGAACUUCAGCCCUACAAAAGCUUGGAUGCAGGGCGACUCAAGUUGGUUGGCGAGGGAGCAUGGCCAAUUGAAGAGUACAUCAGCGGAGUACUUUGGAUGCCUUUUCAAGAGCCCCGUUUUCUUCUUCAUGGGCAAUGCACCCAAGGGGCGCAGGUGCCCGCCUUUCAUCUUGAGUCGAAAGAGGAAAACCUGCGGCUUGCGAAGAUCUGGGAUGCAAAGGGCCUAUUGAGGCUUUUUAGAGGACCUUUACAGGAUGGACAUUUCUGCCGUGUUUUCAAUGCUCACAAGUCCAACGUAGUUGACAGGCAGAUUGGUGACCGACGGGUACCCAAUGCGCGAGAGUUCUCGGUUGAUGGCCCAUCAAGGCACCUGCCUCCAGGCUUUUUGCUGACAAAUUUGCGGGUCAAGCCUCUUCAGCAGCAAUUGAGGGGUAGCAUCACGGACCGCAGGGAUUUCUAUCAUCAAGCUAAAGUUUCAGAAGCUCGGGCAAACUCCAAUUUGCUACCUUUCCAGUAUCAGGCCGAUGAGCUCACUGGAUGUGUAGCUUUGGCACGAGCUAUUGAGCAAGAGCAAGCAGCAAAGCGGAGGGGUUCAGCCAAUAGGCAACUUCAUGGAGACGGUUUUGGCAUCGAAGCCAUUGAGACACAUGACCACGGCAACAGAUGGUACGUUGGUUUUGGGUCACUGUUUCAGGGAGACCACCUUGGUGUUGAAUUUGCUCUUCAGGCCCAUGAAACUCUGCUGGUUGAUGGGGGUUCCUUGGAUGAGAAGCACCGCCUGAGGGGCCAUGCUUUAUUUCCACUUGCCCAGCGUUGGGAGGGACUGAUCAUUGAUGACUACUUUGCCAUUGGUGCAGAGGAGGUCGGUCAAGACCCUGAGGAGUCAUUUGCUCAUCAUGCUCUUCUCCAUGCACGCAGCACUUAUGAGAAAAGCGACCUGCCGGGUUCACCAGAAAAGGAUGUAGUAGCAGCUUGCUGUUUCAAGGCCGCUGGUGCAGAGAUCGUCUCCUCGGAAGAUGCCGUCAAGCGUGGCGUUACGUUGGUUGCUGCACCUUUGGCGAAGCGCAUCGCCCUCUCUUCUCUGAGUUUGAGGGCGGCAUCCCUCCCCAUUUGUAGUGCGAAGGUGCUCUCAAGGUUGGCAGGCAAUUGGACCUCUGUGUUGAUGUACCGUAGAUGCAUGAUGGCUAUUGUAGACAACUUGUUUGCUGAAGCAGCAUCUGCAGAACGAUACGGCGUCAACUGUGCCGUUCCAAUGACCAAGACAGUUGCUGAGGAGCUCGCCUUGCUGAGUGCGUUGGCGCCAAUUGCGGCCUCCAAUGUUGCAGUUGAUUAUGUGGAAGAGAUAUUUGCGUCUGACGCUUCUCUUGGGCGUGGUGCAGUUGUCUCCACAAAGAUCGAUGAGAACCUAGCCGAGGUGCUCUGGCUUGGCAGUGACAAAAAGGGGUGCUACACACGCCUCGAUGGAGUUGGCCUUGCUACUCUUGCUGCUGCUGGGGAGGAGAUUCAUGACCUCCCUACUGCUGACCCUAUCAACCAUCCUGAGUGUCCUGAUGAGCAUCCGUACAAGUCGCCUCUCCUCUACUUCGACUUUGUGGAGUUCUUUGGGGGAGCAGCCAGGGUCUCAAAGUGCCUCGCGGAGCUUGGUUUUACAGUUGCCCCACCUUUGGAUUUGAGCAUGUCUUCCCACUACGACAUGACUGAUUUGAGAGUCAUUGAAUGGUGCAUGCAUAUGAUCGCAUCAAAGAGGUUCAGGGCUUUCCUCACGGAACCGCCUUGCACAACUUUCAGCCCUGCAGCUCAUCCAGCAGUGCGGUCAUAUAAGCAGCCAGAAGGUUUUGACAGGCUCAACCCAAAGACCCUCACCGGCAACAUCUUAGCCUUUCGAUCCUUUGCCCUGCUGAAGGUAGGCUACAGACACCGGCGCCCAUGUGGAAAAGAACAGCCUCGACUUAGCAAGAUGGCAUGGUUGAGGUUCUGGAGUACACUCAUUGCUCUGGGUUUUGAAGAGUCGGUCAUAGCCUCGUGCCAGUUUGGUUCCCCACACAGGAAGGAGUUCAGAUUCCUCACAUACCUGUUGGAUUCCUCAAAGCUUGAGACCAGGUGUCCUGGAGGCCACCAGCACAUUAGAAUCCAAGGCGCCUACACCAAGCAGUCAGCAGUUUACACUUGGGAGCUAUCUAGGCACCUAGCGGAGGCCUUCGCAGCAGCGUUGAGGCGAGAUGCGGCCCUUGACCGUGAUGCUCCCAGCGUUGAUGGCUACGAAAGCAUAGUCAUCAAUGACCUGCUCAUUGCCAACGAGUGGAUUCAGGAGAAGUGCUGGUGUUGGAAGAAAAAGAGCCACAUCAAUGUUCUUGAGAGCCAUGGAGGUUUAGCUGUUUUGGAUAUCGUUGCAAGGCGUUACAGCAAUGUGAGAUUCAAUGCCCUCCUUGACUCCAGAGUUGCAAAGGGCUCGCUUGCAAAAGGCAGAUCUACAUCAGCCGGCCUCCAACGGGCUUGCAAGAGAUCAGCCGCUCUUCAGCUUUCGGCUGGUUUAUACCCUGGCUGGGGUUUUGCCCCCACCAGAUUGAACGUUGCUGAUGAUCCAACAAGAGGGCAGAAAGUGCGUGCCCCAUCAAGCGCCCCUCUCAUCAAGUUCUUUGGAGCGCAAGAGAUUCAGAAGUUGCACGCACCUGGACUUGUGCGAUGGGCCGCAAAUUGGGCAAGACUUGUCAUCCUGGUCCACCUUGCAUCGUCUCUGCCUUGCACUGAAGCUGGCAUUGCGCAUGGUCCUGAUGUCUUCUCUGACUUUGGAUUUUACCCCCCUUCUCUUCCACAGGUCACCUCUUUCACAAGCUGUCUGCCUCACGAGUUUCCUGGACUUAGCCUUCUUUGCACCGGGCAUCCUGCCUCAUUUGGAUUUCUUCUUCUUGGAUUUUGCCUCACUGUUCUGACCUUAGCCCUAGCUGGACUCUGGACUCACAAGGGAGGUAGGUUUUUAGGUCAUGCCCCUUUGAGGUUUUGGAUUUUGGUAGCCGGCGGGUUUAGUUUAGCUCAUGCCAUGGAACCUACCUCAGCGCUGGAGCGAUCCCGCGCACAGGCGCGAGCUGGAAACUGCCCACUGCCGACCAGGGUUGUCCGGAAACAGACUUUGGAUUACAGAUCAGGGCUUCUGAAGAAUUUUGCAAUUUGGCUUUUUGAUCAACAUGGCCUUCUGCUUUCGCAGAUGUUGACUGCAAAGCCACCUGAUGCAGAGGAGAUUGCGAAUUGGUUAGUCGAAUACGGAAAAGCCAUGUUUUCUGCUGGUAAAGCUUAUGGUAAGUAUGCUGAAACCAUAAACGCAAUCUCAACGGCCAGACCAAUCAUCCGCAAACAACUGGUAGCAGCUUGGGACUUUGCCUACGCUUGGUUGGCUGACGAGCCCUUCCAGCAUCAUCCAGCGAUGCCGUUAGCGGUGUUGUUAGCAAUGAUGACAACUGCAGUUGUUUGGGGAUGGCCGCUCGAAGCAGCCAUCAUUGGACUCACCUGGGCGGGUAUCCUACGGAUUGGCGAAGUCUUUUUGGCCCUCCGUCAGGAUCUCAUCCUACCCAGAGACUCAGCACCAGGAGUUGUCUUUGGAAUGCUACGAAUUCGGUCACCGAAGACACGUGGAAGAGCAGCCAGGCAUCAAGCUGCGCGCAUAGAUGCACCAGACCUUUUAGCAUUUUUGGACGCUGUUUUUGGAGACAUGCGCCAUGAUGUGAAGUUGUGGCCGUUUUCAGCAGCCACAUUACGAAAAAGAUUUGGUGAUUUGUUGCGAGCAGUUGGUUUGCCUACAGAAAGAAAGGGAAGCCUGAAGCCUUUUGAUCUGGGCUCCCUCCGGCCAGGAGGAGCCACCCACUUGCUGAUACAGUGUGAGAACAGUGAGAUUGUCAGGAGAAGAGGCAGAUGGGUCACCACCAAAGUCAUGGAAGUAUACUUGCAAGAGGUGAUGUACACGACGUACACAGAGAGACUGGUAGAUGUCUUGCGAGAUGCUCUGAAGGACGUCCUUCAUGUGGUGGAGAUUUUUAGCGCCCAAUCAGAAGCGAUUCGAGAGGAGCUCUAUUGGUGCCUCUACAACAGCAGCCUUCUGGCAGUACGUGGGGCAUGUGUCGCUGGUUGCGCCUACAUGGCUUUCCUCAGCUAUGCGUCCAGCCCUUGUGGCUGUUGCUUGGUGGAUCCAGUGGGAGACAGGUUAGUGGAGUCCAUGCACACCUGCCUUCCAUUGAUGGCGGUCCACAUGAUCCCUUUCCGCAGCCGGGUGAUGCUGGCAGUGAGAGCGUUGACAGAAAUGGCGCUCAAAGGAAAGCAGUUGGGCAAAGAUCUGGAGCUCGCCGCCUGCGCGGAAGCUGCCAAGCAAUUGGGCGAAGCCGCCCGUCGGGGUGCCUGUGUGGUGGCACAAGAACACAUUGAAAAGGCCAAGAAGUUGGAGACGAUGCUGUGGCUCGAACGCUGGCCACCCGUCCCAGCAGAGACCACCAAACUUUUCGAGGCACGGAAACUUAGACGCUAUACCGCUAUACUUGCGUGUUACGGAGUUUUGAACAGCAAAGAUCAAAGAAGAGCAGAGGGCAAAGACAAGCAAAGGCAAAGAAGAGCAAAGAGCGAAGAAGAGCAAAGAGCAAAGAAGAGUAAAGAGCACACAAGAGCAAAGAGGUCAAAGAGCAAAGAAAUGCAAAGAGCAAAGAAGAGGAAAAAGCAAAGCAAAGCAAAGAGCAAAGAAGGGCAAAAGAGCAAAGAAGAGAAAAGUCGUGACCGUGCCAUGUCAGAUGAUGCGGAUGCGGAUGCCCGUCCCAAGCCGCUUAACAGUGGACAGGGAGUGUCUAGCCGACAGGACAGUACCGGUUCCCUAAAUAGGCUCGGCCUGUGGACCCACCUGGAGACUUUCAACCGUUACUGGAAUCUUCGCCUCAUGGAUCGGCAGCGUGCCGUGCACCAUGGAAGAAAGUCUAUGGCCUGCCCCCUGCGCUUUGGCAAACGCUGGAGCCUCUGCUUGCUGCUGGCGGUUGGCAUCACCGUGAACCACGUGGCCAUGAAAUCCAUGCCCAACCUGCGCUUCACGCAAUCCGAUCUGCCCCACCAGCUGGACCACUUCUUGACACCAGCAGAACCAUCCGCUGCGAUUGAUGUGCCAUCCGCUGCGGAGGAUGUCGUUGUCGUGGAUGCAACUGCGAUGACAGAUGUAGCAACCUCCACCGUGACGGAGCUUAACGCACCAUUGGUGGGUACAACAAACGCCGUGUUGACAGUGGUGGAUGCAACAACUUCCACAACAUUGACGGGGAUUAGUUCAGCAUCUGCAGAUACAGCAAGUGCUGUGUCGAAAACUGCGGAUAUAGGAACUUCCACAGCGUUGACGCAGAUAAGUACAACACCCUUGGAUACAACAACUUCAAUUUUGACAACUGCAGAUGCAGCAUCUUCUACAUUAACGGUAGUGGAGGUUAGCACAGCACCUGCAGAUACAACAAGUUCCUCGUUGACCACUUUUGAUGCGGCAUCUUCCGCUACACUGGUUGCGGUGAGCACAUCCCUGGCAGAGACUCAAACAUCCACGAUGUUGACAUCUGUGAAUGCAGAAACCUCCACUACGAUAGAAGUUUCAACUACUUCGGACACAGGACCUCGCGUCGCGAGUGGCGUUGUGCGGAAAUGGCCGCUGCGGCUCCCGGACGAGGAACCGCCGGUGGAGGAGUUCACCCCGGUCUUCAUCGAGGAAGAACUAAUGGCUCGCAAGGACUUCCGCGUGAACGAGCUGCGGAACAUGAGUUGGACCGUGGAGGAUCCCAAAAAGGCGGUGUUUUAUAUGGUAUGCUGUGGACCCAUCGAGCGGAUUCUUCUCUUACCGCCGCGCACGCCUGAACGGCCCUACAUCUGCUAUGACUGUGAUGCAAUCCUGCAAAUCAAUCGCUUGGCAGGGCCCGAUUGCACCAAGGACAUCACGCACAAAAUCUGCCACAAGUUGCUGCAGCUGCUGGAGAGGCGCGACAUGAUGUUCUCGAGCAGCGAUUUGCGCUGGUGGAACGUACGGAAUGACACGGCGCUGCAGCUGCCGGGCAUCACCCACGCGCACCACCUGCCAUCGCCGGACAUGCUGCUGCGGAACAAGGUGAAGCGCUCGCAGCCGCCGACGCCCGGCGAGAGAUCGAGGGAAACAAUGGGUGGCGGUGAGAUGACAGUAAUGAUCUGUACAUAUCUCAUAUAUCACAUGUGGACAGUGUAUAUAUAUAUACAUGUUAUGUCUGUAUGGAACACAAUGACACAUCAUGUGUAA